UUAAUGUAUACUAGCGGCGACGACAUCUAAGGCAACUUCGCAGAGGCGAUCGGCACCGGAGUACGCAUCUGUGGCGUCGAAGAACACUUGCGAACAGGUCGGCAAAUAGAACGAUUGGCUCGUACGUUGGCGGCGGCGAACAAGAACGAACCCUCUCAAACACCACCGAUCUUCAACAUGGCUUCGUUUACCUCUACUGCAACUUCCAGUACAUGGCCACGACGAAUGUGUGCCUGUGGACAUGGCCCCUGUGUUCUUAAGAUUUCCAGGUCCACCAAAAAUCCAGGGCGUCCCUACUUUGCAUGUCCCCGCCCUGUGGUGGGUGACCCAUUCUUUACCGGUCAUAACUGCUUGAACAUUAACAACCCAUUGACUAAUAGUUCCAUCAUUUGCACUCAUCAGCCCUGUGUCAGUUGGAUUGGUUGGUGCGAGGAACCAAGGCGAGAGAUCAAAGACUAUGCGUCACCCAGAGAUGAAAUUGUCAUGCAAUUACGGGCUGAUGUCAUAGACAUUCAACAAUCCUUGCAUGUCCUUAAGACCAUUGUGUAUGUGAUAUGCAUUGUCGUUGUCAUUUUGUUGUUCCGUAUGUAAACAACGUUAGGAUGUUGUCAGUAUGUACAAACAUGUUAUGAGGUUGUUAGUAUGUUGGCAGUAUGUUUUUGUAUGCCUUUAAGUUGCCUUUGCCUUCCUUCACUAUGAAACGGUAAACGUAUUAAUGACUAUCAUACCUAUGUCCACUACUGAGUUCCAUGGAGCCUGUGUAUGUAUGUUAUUAAUGUGCAAUGGUUAUAUGCUGUCUAAUUUAGCAUCCUAUCUCUCUGUUUGUUGUUAUUAAUGUGCAAUGGCUUAUGUAUUUGUAUAUAACAACCGAAUUUGUGAUGGUAAUCUUUUGUAACCGUACAUUAGUAAUGGCUUCCAUACGUACUUCACCGCGUACCCAAUCCAAAAGCAAAGGCAUUGUCACAGAUACGUCAAGCAGUCUUGAAGAGAUACAUAAUCAGUUCAGCCACAAGGCCUCAUGGGACAGUGCCUCAAUCUGAGUUUUCCUGCAGUUGAUUGCAAAUGAGAUUACAAAAGAAAAUCGACCAUUCCUAGUCCUCAGCCAAGCAGGGUACAAGUCCUUGGCAAGGAAAUUUGAGAAAAAAAAAUGAAGAAAAUAUGGCCUCAAACAGUUGAAGAAUAAGUACAUGGGUUUGAAAAAAGAGUGGCAAGCGUGGACAAAGUUGAUGGAUUCAAGCAAAGAAGUGUCAGGGAUAGGGUUUGACUGUGACACCGAUAUGUUUCAGGCACCUGAGGAGUGGUGGGACAAGAUAGAAUCGAUAAACAAGGUGUGUGCCAAGUUCAGGAAAAAAACCUUGGAACAUCGUGACUUGAUAGAGACGGUCUUCAUGAGGGCAUCAGCUACUGGUAAGCACCAUUGGACCCCGGGAGAGAAACUUCCUGAAGCCGCUGAUGACUCGUCUGAUUCUGUGCAUAGUUUGGGAGCCCAGCCAUUUGCUGAUUCGAUACUCGCAGGAGUACAGGAUGUGGAUUCAGAUUCUUCACUGGAGGCUGUUCCGAUUGAGAAGGGGAAAAGGAGAAAGACGCCAUCAACAAAUGUUUCAAAGUCGAAGAAGGCAACAAGUGGAGCGUUAGUUAUUGCAGAAAGCAUGAACAAUCUAAUAGAUGUGGUGCGUACGAAGAAUCAGCAGGUUACGGUGAGGCACCUCAUAGGCAACGAAUCGUUGCACACUAUUUCGGUGUGCAUGCAUUGCCUGACGACUAUUCCAGCCUUGAUUGGUACACUGCUAUUCCAUUUCGCCUCGACACUUAUGGAUAACGCAGAUUACUGGGAGGUGAUGAUGUGCCAGCCUGAUGAUGACCACAUCAUAGGGUGGCUUACACAAAAGCAGCUCUAGUGUACUGCGUCAGCGCCGUUUGCGAACCUGUUUGGGGCUCGCCAGAUGUGAUGUAGCGGUGUUAGGAUUGUUGAAGAUGCCUGCCCUUCUCUUGCUUUUGAAAACUUUUACUUAUGUUAUUGUUGGCACUGUAUUAAAACAGGAUGGUUGUGUUUGCAUG